AAACAGUACUAGAGUCUCCUGUCCCUUCAGAAGCAUAAAGAUGGCAGCACAAAAAAAAAGAGGAAUUCCUUUAUGCUCGAUCAGUCCACGGUAUCUGCACACAAACUCCACAAGCCACACCUGGCCCUUUGGUGCCAUAGCAGAACUGAUUGACAAUGCUUAUGACCCAGAUGUCAGUGCAAAAAAAAUCUGGAUAAAUAAAACAGAGGUCAAAGGUCUGGACUGUCUCACCUUCACAGACAAUGGAAAAGGCAUGGACUAUGACAAGAUGCACAAAAUGCUCAGUUUUGGCUUCAAUGAUAAGCAGACAGUAAGAGGCCAUGUCCCAGUGGGCCUUUAUGGUAACGGCUUUAAGUCGGGCUCCAUGCGCUUGGGGAAGGAUGCUAUCGUGUUCUCAAAGAAAGCCAACACCAUGUGUGUGGGUCUCUUGUCACAGACUUACCUCAAGAUGAUAGGAGCACAGACUAUUAAAGUGCCUAUUGUCAUGUUUACCGGCACAAACCAGACUUUCAGUGCUGCACCAGAGGAUGAAGAGAGUCUUCGUGAUAUCUUGAAAUAUUCUCUCUUUACGACUGAGGAAGAAUUGCUGUCUGAGUUCAGGGUCAUUGACAGGUCAUGCACCAACUCAAGUGGAACGCAUAUCAUCAUCUGGAAUCUACGCAGAAGAUCUUCAGGAGAAUUAGAAUUUGACUUCAAGAAGGACCCCUAUGACAUCAAGAUCCCUGUUGAUGUGUACACGAAAAACAGGGAGACGGCAAAGCGGGAGGCAGCAGGUGGCGUUUCAGUGCCUGAGAGUGAAUAUUCACUGCGGGCAUACUGCAGUAUCCUGUACCUGAAGCCAAGGAUGCAGAUCAUCCUUCAAGAGCUGAAGGUGAAAACCCUUUAUUUCCCAGACACUCUAGCAAUGCUUCACAUGGAGACAUAUAAACCUGCUUGUUUUAAAAAGGGAACGGAAAUUAUAUUUGGCUUCAACAGAAAGAGCAGAGAACAUUACGGAUUGAUGAUGUACCACAAGAACCGCCUCAUCAAAGCUUAUGAGCAUGUCCCCUGUCAGCGCAAGGCCGGCAACACAGGAGAGGGCAUUAUCGGGGUGAUCGAGUGUGACUACCUCGAACCAACUCACAAUAAGCAGAACUUUGAUGAUACUGAAGACUACAGGAAUACCAUGACAAAUGUCAGUAAAAAGCUAAAGGAUUAUUGGAAGAACUAUUGUUAUAACUGGACUGGAACUUCGGAUAAUGUGAGCUGUGCGGUUGCAAACGCGUUCGACAGUUCUGAUGAUGAACAGCCCAGAUACCAGAAAACCUACAAAAAGCACAAGCGAACCCAGAAGUUGCAGCAGAAUAGACAACGUGUCAUGCAGAACGAUGGAUUUUUUACAUUUAGACUUUCUGAUGAUACUUCACCUGAUACUCAGGACACUGUUCAGCCUACUUUUCUUAAAAGGAAGAAGAAAACCAUGGACCUGAAUCAAAAGAACCCUGAGAGAAAGAAAGCAAGAAGAAAAGAUUUUAUGGAACAUGAAGAAGAAGAAGAGGAAGAAGAAGAAGAAGAGGAAGAAGAAGAAGAAGACAAUCACUCACUCUCUACACAGCACCCCCACAUCAGCCAUUCCUCAGCAGUCACAGAUGUAGUUAUUCCUGAAUCAGCUAAACACUGUGCUGACAGUGGCGUAUACAGGUUUCUAUGCUCUCAUGCUGGUCAAUUUCACUGUAAAUUGACCAACCUUGUAUUUGAGAUGAAAGGGAAAGGGGAAGUGCUAUACAAAGUAGUGUCCUGGGAUAACAGUCAGCUGGAGGGCAGAGACCAAUUUCAGCCUGCAGGACCCCUGUACAGCAUUGACUGCUCUGAAGGUUCAAUUAUUUAUCUGCAUCUCCCACACUGCGAGAUACAUACUGCUCCUUGCAGCACUGCAUAUGUUCCAGAUAAAAAUCAGAUUGCAUUGGCUGUGGCACAUUUCAGUGAGGGUAAUGUGGAGGACAUUCAGCCCCUGAAAGUGACAAAUGCACAUGUGAUCAUAGAAGUCCAAAAUCUGUCCCUCUUUGGCCUGCUCAAAAAAUGGAUCUUCCAGGAAACUCCCAUCAGUGCCCAAGUCCUUCUCUUCUACCAAAAAAUGGAAAUUGGGAGAAAACUACACAUUUACCUGUUGCCAGGAAAUGUGCCACUUAAAGAGGUGCAGAAUCAACAUGAGGGUGACACAUUCAUUAAGUGUAGCUCCAUAUGUCAACUGACCCCUGGUGAAAAAUACAGACCACUCUGUGAGCCUUAUGAAUCCCAUCCAAAGGUGCAGACAUUUAGCUGUGAUUUUGGUCCCAACUAUCACCCCACAUUUGAAGUGAUACUUGAUCCCAAAGCUGAAGACCUCACAUUGAGUAUUUUGGAUGAAAUUGGCCAGGAGGUGUGGGAGCCUCAUCAGGUCUUUCUUACAGCUGAUAGUCAAGAAGCAGUUCCAGUCAGAAUAGAUUAAGGUGCUGAAUUUGUAGACGAACACAGAGACAUGCUCAUAUAGAGAGUUUCAUCAGUGAUGGAAAUGGCAGAUACUUUGCUAAGAAAGAAAAUCAUCAGUCAUGAAAUAUACAAUUAUAUCAAUAAGGCACCAACACCACAGGAGAAAAUGAGGAAAUGUACAGAUUUCUCAAUUCAGGAGGAAUGUAAAUGAAAGCAGAGUUCUACAAAGUUUGAAAGGAAAAGCAGCCUUUUGUAGUUAAUGACCUAGAGUUUAGAUCAAAUAAUGCAUCGAUGAUCCUCAAAGGAGACUUUUACACUGAAAUGUGAAAUAAAAGUUAAGAUCCCAGUAGUGGUUAGUACAAGCACAUACUCAUUUCCUGCAUAAACAUUUAUAGAAUUCUGCAGAAUACAAGCACAUAUUUCUUUGCAUAUUUUAAUCAAUAUUUUUAGAUAAUGAAGUUAGACAAAGGCAUAGCCUAUGUUAUAUUUCAAAAUCAACUAUCCAAUUUUUUUUUAUAAACCCUUUCCUUGACUUGGUGAUUUGUAUUUUGUACUUAAAAAAAAAAACAACAUCAUAUGGGUGCAUUUAUGAACUCUUAACUGAUAUAUACAUGUACUAGAUAUCGAGACAAUCAAUAGAACCAAAAGAAAUACAAAUUUAGGCAUUUUGUUGAUGAUCAUCUUUGUAAUAUUUUAAUUUACAAUCUAUAAAUAUUUCCAAGGAAACAGGUGGUGUGUGAUAUAUAUAAUCACCUAGGUUAGGGACUGUAUUUAUAAAUGUCAUUGAUGUGUAUAUUCUACAACAUUAGGGAUAACUCUCUUGUGCAUAUGUUUUACAUGAGAAAUUUUAUUGUUUUUUGAAAAAUAUAUGCUCAUUUUGAAUUUGAUGUCAGCAACAGGUUUCAGAAAAGUCGGGAUGGGGCAUGUUUACCACUGUGUCACAUCACCUCUACUUUAACACCACUCUGUAAACGUUUGGGAACUGAGGAGACCAACUGCUGUAGUUUUGAAAAAGAGAUGUUGUCCCAUUCUUGCCCCAUAUACAAUUUUAGGUGCGCAAAAGUUCAGGGUUUCCUUUGUUGUAUUUUGCACUUCAUAAUGCAAUAAAUGUUUUAAAUGGGAGACAGGUCUCGACUGCAGGCAGGCCAGUUUAGCACUCGGACUCUUUUACUAUGGAGCCAUGCAGUUUUAAUAUGUGCAGAAAGCGGUUUGGAAUUGUCUUGCUGAAAGAAGGAAGGCCUUCACUGAAAAAUAUUUUGAUGCUGGCUUUUGAACUGUGCACUGAUAACAAGCUGGAUGGUUCUUCUAACUUUAGCCUGGAGGACGUGGUGUCCAUGAUUUCUCAUCUCAUCUCAUUAUCUGUAGCCGCUUUAUCCUGUUCAACAGGGUCGCAGGCAAGCUGGAGCCUAUCCCAGCUGACUACGGGCAAAAGGCGGGGUACACCCUGGACAAGUCGCCAGGUCAUCACAGGGCUGACACAUAGACACAGACAACCAUUCCCACUCACAUUCACACCUGCGGUCAAUUUAGAGUCGCCAGUUAACUUAACCUGCAUGUCUUUGGACUGUGGGGGAAACUGGAGCACCCAGAGGAAACCCACGCGGACACAGGGAGGACAUGCAAACUCCACACAGAAAGGCCCUUGCCGGCCAUGGGGCUCGAACCUGGACCUUCUUGCUGUGAGGUAACAGCGCUAACCACUACACUGCCAUGCCGCCCCGGUGUCCAUGAUUUCUAAAAAUAAUUUCUACUUUUGAUUCGUCAGACCUUGGGACAAUUUUCCACUUUGCCUCACUCUAUCAUAAAAGAGCUCAGGCCCAGAGAAGGUGGCAGUGUUUCUGGAUAUUAUUUAUAUAUGGUUUUAACUUGCAUUUGUGGAUGCAGUAAUGAACUGUUUUCACAGACAAUGGUUUUCUGAAGUGUUCCUGAGCCCAUACAGUGAUUUCCACUCCAGGCAUGUGUCUGCUUUUAAUGCAUUGUCACCUGAGGGCCUGAAGAUCACAGGCAUCCAAUGUCAGUUUUCAGCCUUGUCUCUUGCGUACAGAAAUUUCUCCAGAUUCUCUGAAUCUUUUAAUGAUAUUCUGUAACAUAGAUGAUGUGAUCCCCAAGUUCUUUGCAAUUUUACAUUGAGGAAUGUUAUUCUUAAAUUGUUGCACUGUUUGCCCCUCCCCAUUUAUAUGCCACCGUAAGGUGCAGGAGGCAUUAUGUUUUCGGGUUGUCCGUCUGUCCGUGUGUCCGUCCGUCUGUGCGUGCGGCCGUCCUGAAACUUUGUGAACGCGAUAUCUCAAAGGCGAAUGAAAGGAAUUUCACCAAACUUUCACCAUUUGUGCGCUUUGGGACAAACAUAAACUGAUUAGAUUUGGAGAUCAAAAGGUCUCAGGUCAAGGUCACUGUGAGGUCAAAUGUCUGUCCGAAAACCUUGUGAACACAGUAUCUCCAAGGCUAAUACAAGUAAUUUCACCAGGUCAAGAUUACUGUGAGGUCAAAUGUCCAUCCCCAAAUCACAACUUAAUAAGGCGUGUAGUCUACCAGGCGGAGGCAUCCCCAUCGACGCCGUUGGCGUCGAGUUCUAUCUAGUUAAUUCUGACAGACUCAGCCUCUCUGGGAUGCUCUUUUUUUUUUUUUUACCCAACCAUGUUACUGACCUGUUGACAAUUAACAAAAUUUGGGUUUGUUUGUUUUUUUUAGCUUUAUGCAACUUUUUCAGUCCUUUGUUGGUCCUGUCCCAACGUUUCUGAAGCAUGUUGCUGACAUAUAUAAUAUGCUAAUUUUAUAUAUAUAUAUAUAUAUAUAUAUAUAUAUAUAUAUAUAUAUAUAUAUAAAAUUUCUCAGUUUCAACUGAUAUGUUGUCUUUGUACUAUUUUCAAUAACAUAUAGAGUUUCCAUUAUAUGCAAAUCAUCGCAUUCUGUUUUUAUUUAUGCUGAACACAAUGUCCCAACUUUUUUGGAAUUGGGGUUUUACAAAUGUAAGCUUCUAAGGUUGUUUUGCAAGGAUUUGUCUGGAUUUGUCUUAUUAAAUACAACAUGAACUACUAUGUCAGUGAGCAAUAAAGUCAAUAAGGCUUGA